AAAGCAGCAGGGGUACGAUGUGUUCUAUUAUGCGGAUGCAGACAAGAACGUUGCAGAAAUCGUGAAGAUCACUUGGACGGUGCACAUAUGAGGAAUGAUGGUGAAGAAACAGUCCGUGCUGUAACAGCUCCUAGAGAGUCAUUUCCCACAGAGGAAGAAAUCCAGGGAUUCGUGAGAGGGUUGACAAUAGAACAGCUGCAAAGAACGUUGACCAGUUUCUUGCGUCAUGGUAGAGGAUCGUUUGAUCUUGCCAGAAUGUAUUCUGAUAUUGAGGACCAAGACACUGUGGGAGAUCACCCGUUUGCUGCACCCCCCAACCCAAAUCCUCCUAGGUGGUGCAAAUGUGGAAGGUGUGGGGACAUGGGUACAGGAAGAGCACGAGAGAACGUCUGCUGCCAACAAGAUCAGUGUGUCAAACGGAAGAAUAUUUGA